GGAGCGCGGUGGGCGCGGAGCACCGCGGCGCAGGAGCGGUCGGUGCGGCUGUGGCGUGAAUGCGACGCUGAGGAGAAAGUUUGCUCUUGGUCAUAGCCUCUCACAACUGAUAGCGAAGCACCAUUUCUCGGAGCGGUCUUAACGCAGUAACAUACCGGGAGUUGUGUUCGUAAGGAUUAGGGAUUUGGGACUCGUUCUUUGUGCCUGCGCGACGAGGAAGCCGUAAAGCUGGAUUCAGCCCCGUCUAGUUUUUUCUCCGGAAGGGCGAUGGUGAGCGAGGCGUGCGCGCAGCCUCGCGCCUCGUCGGUGAUGGCUGUCUCGCGCGUCUCCAGCCCGCCGCCCACCUCCAACGAGAACUCGCAGCCCACCGCCGAGAACUGGUGCUUCACGCAGGUCAAGGUGGUCAAGUUCAGCUACAUGUGGACCAUCAACAACUUCAGCUUCUGCCGCGAGGAGAUGGGCGAGGUGCUCAAAUCGUCGACCUUCUCGGCCGGCGCCAACGACAAGCUCAAGUGGUGUUUGCGGGUAAACCCGAAAGGGCUAGACGAAGAGAGCAAGGAUUAUCUAUCUCUGUAUCUUCUUUUAGUAGCAUGCAAUAAACAGGAAGUUAGAGCUAAGUUCAAGUUUUCAAUACUGAACGCCAAAAGGGAAGAAACGAAAGCUAUGGAGAGCCAAAGGGCGUACCGUUUCGUCCAAGGCAAGGACUGGGGCUUCAAGAAGUUCAUUCGGCGAGACUUUCUGCUGGACGAAGCCAACGGUCUGCUCCCGGACGACAAGCUGACUCUCUUCUGCGAGGUGAGCGUGGUGGCCGACAGCGUCAACAUCUACGGCCAGUCGAACCAGGUGCAGUUCAAGGUGCCCGAGUGCCGACUCUCAGACGACAUGGGCCAGCUGUUCGAGAGCCAGCGCUUCAGUGACGUCACGCUGUCGGUGGGGGGCCGCGAGUUCCAGGCGCACAAGGCGCUGCUGGCCGCCCGCUCGCCAGUGUUCGCCGCCAUGUUCGAGCACGAGAUGGAGGAGCGCAAACAUAACCGGGUCGACAUCACCGACGUGGACCACGAGGUACUGCGCGAGAUGCUGCGCUUCAUCUACACCGGCAAGACGAACAACCUGGAGAAGAUGGCAGACGACCUGCUGGCGGCCGCGGACAAGUACGCGCUGGAGCGGCUGAAGGUGAUGUGCGAGGAGGCGCUGUGCGCCAACCUCAGCACGGAGAACGCCUCCGACGUGCUGAUCCUGGCCGACCUGCACUCGGCCGAGCAGCUGAAGGCGCAGGCCAUCGACUUCAUCAACAUACACGCCACGGAUAUCAUGGAGACGCCGAGCUGGACGUCGAUGAUCACCUCCCACCCGCACCUGAUCGCCGAGGCGUUCCGCGCGCUCGCCACGCAGCAAGUGCCGCCCAUCAACACCACCCGCAAGCGGAUGAAGCCGACGCUCUGACGGCCUCGUCGCCGCCGCCACCAGCGCACGUGUUCAAAGGCCGCCGCCGCCGCCGCCGCCGCUCUGUGAUACCUGUUGAUCGGGCGCGCGCUCCGUUGUUUUUGGCGCGCCGGCCCCGGCCCGUCGCGUGGGGGGCGCGACAGGAGCGGGCGGUCGGAGGAAGACGCUGGCGACCGGUGGGUAGGAGCGGGCCUGCCUCCAUGUGUGUGUGUGUGUGUGUAUGUCUGUGUGUGGGGUCUGUGUGGCCGUCACCGGUCGGCCUCAGUGUGUGCGCGUACCUCGACCGAUGGGUGGGCGAGUGACGCCCGCCAAACCGAUCUCAGCCGGUAUCGGCGAUUGUUGUUGAUGUUGGGGGGAGUGUUUUGUGCGCCGUGUUCGCGGGCUCGCGUGUGCGCCACUGCUGGAAGCCCGAUGCCCGUUGCGCGUGUCCGGUCGCGCUGUGUUCAUUGCGGAUCGCUUCCCGCGCGCCCCGUGGGAGAGAUCAAUCCUCGUUGGUCUGGUCAACACCGCUUUUUUGGAGAGGUUUUCCUCUCGUAAUUUGCCAAUGGUCGCUGCUGCUGCCUCAGUUCUUAGGUAGGAGCUCACUUUGUUAAUCUGCUGCGCGUAUGGUGUCGCCCAUGUUCAAAAGCAAUCAUACACGAUUUCACUGUGAGCACCCGAAAUAAAGCUGAAACACGCUGUAACACA